GAUUUCAGUGGAUGGAGCCAAAAAUGAUUCCAAGCAAAAGAAAUGUCGUCUGUGCGGUUCCAGUCGCCCUGCUGCUGCUGGCUCUCCUGCAAGGCGCCGUCGGUAAGACUCUAAAAUACAAAGUUUACGAGGAGCAGAGAGUGGGGACGGUCAUCGCGCGGCUGAAGGAAGAUGUGGCCGGGGUUCUGUCCAAACUCCCGAACUCACUCAGCUUUCGGUUCCGCGCGAUGCAGCGGAGCAGCACGCCGCUGCUGUCCGUCCGGGAGGAGGACGGGGAGAUCAGCAUCGGCACCAAGAUAGACCGCGAAAAGCUCUGUGAGAAAAACUUAAACUGCUCCAUUGAGUUCGACGUGGUCACGCUGCCCACGGAGUACCUGCAGCUGUUUCACGUGGAGGUGGAAGUACUGGACAUUAACGACAAUUCCCCGCACUUCUCACGCGCCAUAGUGCCCAUCGAGAUUUCAGAGAGCGCGUCGGUUGGGACGCGCGUCCCGCUGGACGGCGCGGUGGACGCGGACGUUGGGGAGAACUCUCUGCACACCUACUCUCUAACUCCCAACAACUUCUUCAAAAUAGAUGUGAGAACCAGGACGGACGGCGCCAAGUAUGCAGAGCUGGUGGUGAUGAGGGAGCUGGACCGAGAGGUGCAGUCCAGCUACCAGCUGCAGCUCACCGCUUCAGAUAACGGCCUGCCCCCCAAGUCAGGAUCCACUUUACUCAAGAUAAGCAUCUCAGACUCCAACGACAACAGCCCCGCGUUUGAUGAGCAGUCUUAUGUCAUCAACCUGCGGGAGAACUCAGCUCUCGGGACUCUAAUUAUUGACUUAAAUGCCACAGACCCAGACGAGGGCACUAAUGGGAAAAUUGUGUACUCUUUCAGCAGCCAUGUUUCACCAAAGAUUUUGGAAACCUUUAAAAUAAACCCAGAAAACGGCCAUAUCACUCUCAUCAAGAAAGUGGACUAUGAAACCACCGCUUCAUAUGAGCUGGAUGUCCAAGCUCAAGAUCUGGGACCCAAUUCCAUUCCUGGACUUUGUAAAAUUGUGGUGAAGGUGGUUGAUGUCAAUGACAACAAACCAGAGAUUAACAUAAAUCUGAUGACCUCAGGUAAAGAGGAGGUGGCCUACAUUUCAGAGGGGGCUCCAGUGGACACAUUCAUAGCUCUGGUACGUGUGGAUGAUAUGGAUUCUGGUCUCAACGGUGCAGUGGUGUGCAGGCUGCACGGUCACGGCCACUUCAGGCUCCAGAAGACUCACGAGAAGAACUACAUGAUAUUGACCAAUGUGUCGCUGGACAGGGAAAAGAGGUCCGAGUACAGUCUUACGGUGAUGGCGGAGGACAAGGGUUCCCCCAGCCUUUCGACCAUCAAGCAUUUUACGGUCCAGGUGCUGGAUGAAAACGAUAACCCCCCGCAUUUUGAGAAAAGCCGCUAUGAGGUAUUUAAAUCUGAAAAUAACUCUCCUGGAGCCUACUUGAUGACCGUGGUGGCGUCAGACCCCGACCUGGGCACCAAUGGUCAGGUCACGUACACCAUUAUAGACAGUUUGGUCCAAGGGAGCCCCAUCUCUACCUACGUCACCAUUGAUCCUUCUAACGGGGCCAUCUAUGCCUUACGCAGCUUCGACCAUGAGGAUGUCAGUCGGGUCGCCUUCACCAUUCAGGCUCGUGAUAGUGGCAACCCUGUACUAUCAGCCAACACCACCGUCCUACUUACUGUUCUGGAUGAAAAUGACAACCCCCCCAUCAUCCACUCACCCUCCCUGCGGAAUCACACGGCUGAGCUCCCAGUGUGGAAGUACGCAUCGCCUGGUCAGCUGAUCAGCGCUCUGAAGAUCACAGACCGCGACUCUGGUGCUAACGGAGAGGUUAGCUGUUCCAUCGUUGGGGGCAAUGAAGAUGGGUUGUUUGUGAUGGACGCACGGCGUUGCGAGCUCAGAACCAAUGCCAGCCUGGAGCAGGCCCCACGGGAUGUGAUGGAGAUCAGGGUUGAGGUGCAGGACAGGGGCACCACCAGGUUAACCACAGGAGCCCUGUUCAAGCUGUCCCUGCAGGAGAACAUGGACAUCCUCCCUCCUCUCUAUCCUACUGGCUCCAGCCAGGGCUCUCUGGACCUGUCCCUCAUUGUCAUCAUUUCUCUCUGCGCCGUCUGCGCUCUGCUGCUGAAAGUGAUGGUGAUGUUUGCUAUCGCCCGCUGCAGACGUGAGAAGAAAGACCCCAGGCGUAACUAUAACUGCCGUGUGGCAGAGAACAGUUACCAGAACCACCCCAAGAAGCCUGCGAGGCAUAUUCACAAGGCGGACAUCACCUUGGUGCCCACCGUCAAUGGAACCCUACCCAUCCAUUCCCACCCACGAUCUCCCCUGCCCUCUCCCACACCAGAGAGAGGCACUCUGGGCAGCAGGCAGAGCCAUCAAAGCCGACAGUCGCUCAACAGCCUAGUGACUAUCUCCUCCAAUCACGUGCCGGAGAACUUUGCCUUGGAGUUAGCCCAUGCCACUCCUCCUGUUGAGCAAGUCUCACAGCUUCUGUCAAUGCUCCAUCAGGGCCAGUACCAGCCACGACCAAGCUUCAGAGGCAACAAAUACACCAGGAGCUACAGAUAUGCCCUCAAUGAGAUGGAUAAGUUCAGUCUGAAGGACAGUGGUCGUGGAGACAGUGAAGCUGGAGACAGUGACUAUGAACCUGGCAGGGAGUCGCCCGUCGACAGGCUCCUUGGUGAGGGCUUUACUGAAGGCCAGCAGUGUUCACACUCAGCCAUGAAGCUCUGCACAGAGGAGUGCCGCGUUCUGGGUCAUUCAGAUCAAUGCUGGAUGCCUCCUCUGGCUUGCCCCGCCUCCUCCUCGGCCGACUACCGCAGCAACCUCUACAUUCCGGGGGAAGAAGCACAUCAAGCCACUGGCAUCAAUCAGGAAAAGAUCCCCCAGCCUUGCACUGACACCUGCACCGCUCGCAAUCAGAGCUUUUCCACCUUUGGAAAAGACCUCGGUGGGGAAGACGGUGGAGAAGCGGAUGGGGGAGAGGAUGAGAACAAGUCUCCAGAUGACGACCUGUGCGGGACGUCUUCAUUGCUGUCGGAGAUGAGCAGCGUGUUCCAGAGGCUGCUACCGCAAGGUCUGGAUUCUUAUGUCCAAGUCAGUGAGAACCAGAAGGGGACCAGUCUAAGUGGUGUUGGUGUUCCCAUGACCGGAUCUUUGGACCGUCGGAGGGGUCAUCUACCUGGGAAGCCCAGCCCCUCCGUCCACCAGCAGGGGGUUGCUGCCUGGGCUGCCAAUACUCACUUUCAGAAUCCAGGAAGUAGCAUCGGCCCAUCUGGGCAGCACCAGGGUGGCAGCUACCACACCCUCAAACCCAAUACCAAGCUCAGCUGCCAGAGUAGCAAUCACAAAGGAUCCCAGGCACCAAAAAACAGCCCCCAGAACAGCAGCCACAGCCCCAAACCCACCAGCUGCCCCCUCCUGACUGGGCUGGUCAGCCCAACUCUGGUGCAGCCUUCUGCGGUCCAGGUCCCAGUGCAAGCCCCCCUUAACGGGCCACCAUCCAAAUGGCUGCCGGCCAUGGAGGAGAUCCCAGAGAACUACGAGGAGGACGAUUUUGACUCGGUGCUCAGUCACCUUCAGGGCAAACGCAGCGACAGCCGGCAUGAGCUGGUGGACGCCAGCGAGCUGGUGGCUGAGAUCAACAAACUCUUACAGGAUGUCCGGCAAACGUAAACGUCUGCGGGGAAAAGGAAACACAGUUAAAUAGAGCUGGAAGAAAAAAAAAAAAAAAAGACCCGCAAUUGUCGUUAAAAUUGCUUUUUUUCUGAAUUAAUUGUGUUUUGUGAAUGCUAACUAUCCCAAAAAAUGUUUGUAUAUGCUGUUUGGUACACAAUGUACAUUAUGUCACUGUAUUUAUCUUUGUAUUUUAAAAAUACAUAAGUAUUCUUAUAUUUAUAAAAAAUGUAUAUAAAUUUAAUCAGAAUUCUAUUUUUAUAAUUUAAUGCAUGUUAAAAAAAAAGAUGAAUCAAAACUUUGACAUGCGAUUGACAUUCUGCAUAUUUAAAAGCCGUCUUUUUGUAUUGUGAAUCUUUUUUAUCUGUCACCAUGAUGUGUAAACAUGAGUAUAUUACUGAGUUAUUGGACACUUGUCUUUGUGAUUUAAUCGUGAUGAGAAGGAGGCGGGAGGUAGACCAAUAAAACAGUCAACAAAAA